GAAACCUGCAGGUCUUAACCCACGGAUUAGCUCUCAGAUUAAGCAGAAAUUCAGACCCGAAAAAACCCUUUAGUUCUUUACAAUGCCUACUUCUACAACCCAACCCUCACAAAGACCAGCUAGUAACCCGAUUCGAUUAAUUGGUAUCAUCUUGCUAGCUAUAGUUGUUCUUCUGGGUCUUGCUGUGCUCAUCACUUGGCUAGUAGUCAAGCCUAAACGCCUUGUUUAUACCAUCGAAAAUAGUUCAGUCAAGGACUACAACUUCACCAAUGACCACCUCUCUGGCACUUUUGAUUUCACCGUAAGGUCUUACAACCCCAACAAGAGAGUCUCGUUUUACUAUGAUUCCAUCGAGGCUACAGUCAAUUACAAUGACCAAACAUUGGCAUUUUCUACUGUCGAGCCAUUUUACCAGCGCCAUCGAAAUGUGACCCGAUUCAACUUGGAGUUCGUAGCUAAAAACACUGCACUUCCCAGCUUUGUCUCCAAGGAUUUCUUGCUCGAGAAAGCCACGGGUAAGGUUCAACUGGAUAUUUGGCUCAAGGCAAGAAUAAGGUACAAGGUGGGAGCAUGGAAGUCGAGGCAUAGGACACUGAGGGUUUCGUGUUCGCCGGUGUUCGAGUUCAACAGGUUCAAGAAUUUGAAGAGGACCUACUGUUCUACAGAACUUUGAGGCCAAGCAUCUGCUUCAUGCGGUUUCAAUGAGUAUAUUUUUCUAUCUAUUGUUUGGGAUUGGAUUUUUUUUUUUUUUUGGUUACAUUGUUUUACUAACAUUGUUUCAAACAUUUUCUUGAUGUUUCCUGAACUAUAUAUGUGUGUGGUCAUUGUUGUGUAUUGAUUUGGGUUUGUAAUUUUCCAUAUAAGAAAUCGUGUUUGUGAUAUUCAUACAUAUUCAUUUA